UACGGGCACGCAUAACCGAGAGGGAGUCAUUCCAUGACACGCGUUGCACGCGACCUCUUCCUCUUCUUUUGCCGUCCUUUCGCGGCAUUGUUUUCACCGUGACAAUUGCUACUUUACUUUUAGUUUAGAUUCAGUGAACCAUAGAAAAUAACUCGAUUUUCUUUUGUGUUUCUCUUUCUUUUCUUUCCCUCUUUCUCUCUUUGUCUCUCUCUCUCUUUCGGUUUUUUCAUUCUCUUUAAAAGGUCAUCUUUUUAAUUUUCCGCGUUUUUCAUUGCACGAACGCGUUACGAAUAUCUCUAUUUUGUCAAUAGUUUGCUUUUGCAUUUGAGGUGCUUUGUACUCUUUUAUCAGGAAAAAUCGAUUGUUAGUAACAUAGUGCAUAGUAACAUAGUGAAGAAAAAGAGACUGUAAGGAGAAAACGAUCUGUGAAAUGAGAACACUCUUUGUAAAUUUUCAUUCUCCGAUAAAAGUGAACAUUUUGAGAAGAAACGUUUGAAAUAAUACAUUAUGCAGUUAUAAUUCUUAUGAGAUAAAUUAUAAUAAAUACUUAACAUAUGAAACAUGCAAGAAGCGAGAAGAUAUUGAAGAGAACAUUGGCAUAUCGAACAAAUUCAGAAUGUCUUCUUCAACAAUCAUUAUGGGAGUAUCGUGGCUCACGAUGAUUUUGUCGAUAUGUUUGAUGACAAUAGUUGUAUUGUUAUUAGUGCGACGAGGAAAAUUUUUAUAUGCUUUGAGAAAAGUGCCUUGUCCUCCUGCUUUUCCCAUCAUUGGAAACGCGUACGAAUUAUGUUGCAGUCCGGAAGAAGCCUUCAAAAAAAUGAUCAAAUGGGGAAAAGAAUUAGGAGACAUGUACCUGAUCUGGGUAGGGAUGCGACCUUUUAUCUUUCUCUAUAAAGCAGAAGCGAUACAACCAUUGUUGAGCAGCAGUGUUCACAUUGACAAAAGUUUAGAGUACCAGUAUUUACAGCCUUGGCUUGGUUCCGGUUUGGUAACUAGCACCGGGGAAAAAUGGCACUUUCACCGGAAAUUGUUAACACCAACUUUUCACAGUGGUCUUUUGGAAUUGUAUUUAAAGACGACAAUUAGAGAGGCUCAAAUAUUAAUUUCAUGUCUGAGAAAGGAAAUUGGCAAACCAGAAUUCGAUAUUGUUCCUUAUGCUAAACGAGCGGCGUUGGACAUAAUAUGCGAUAGUUCCAUGGGAUGUAAUAUUAACGCGCAAAAAAAUUUUGAAAAUGAAUACGUGCAGGCUGUGAACACAUUAGCUUCUAUUUCGCAAAGAAGAUUUCUGAACGUGUGGAUGUCCUUCGAUCCAAUCUUUAAGUUAACAUCGUGGGGGAAAAGACAUGAUCAUGCACUUAGUGUUACUCAUGGAUUUGUCAAUAAAAUAAUCGCGGAAAGAAAAGCCGAGUGGAAAGAUAGAAAAGAUACAAAUUUUAAUGAAAAAUCUCACAAACGUCAAGCUUUAUUGGACUUAUUAUUAGAAUUAUCAAAAGAUGGCAAAGUUCUCACCGAUGAUGAUAUUCGCGAUGAAGUGAAUACAUUCAUGUUCGCUGGACAUGAUACUACUGCCACUAGCGUAUCGUGGAUUUUGUAUGCAUUGGGAAGACAUCCUCAAUAUCAAGAAUUAAUCAUCGAAGAAUACGACGAAACAGUAGGGACGAAAGAAUUAACUUUAGAUAUAUUAAGUAAAUUAACAUGGCUAGAAGCGUGCAUAAAAGAAUCAUGGAGACUUUAUCCGGUGACACCGCUCAUCGCAAGACAAAUCUAUCAUCCUAUUACUAUCUUGGGACAUGAAAUUCCAAUAGGAUCGACGGUUCUCGUUAAUUCAUUCCUUCUUCACCGAGAUUCUCGAUACUUUCCAGAACCAGAUAUUUAUCGACCAGAACGAUUUCUUCCUGAUGGACCAAAAUAUCCUUCUUACGCUUUCGUUCCCUUUAGUGCUGGUUCCCGUAAUUGUAUCGGAUGGAAAUACGGUACAAUGAUCGUUAAAGUUCUUAUUUUGUAUAUAUUGAAAAACUUUCAUGUUGAAUCUUUAGAUACUGAAGAUCAACUUCGUUUUAUUUCUGAAUUAGUAUUACACAAUGCUGAUGGGCUUAGAUUAAAAAUUACGCCACGAAAAUAAGCAUUUUUUGCUUGAUUUUAUUGUAAACAAUUUAAAAUCAAAUGAAAUAAUGAAAAUCAAAGAUAUCUUUUUUUGAUAAUAAGCUGAAAGCUGAUUUUUUUUUUUUGCACAGUCGAUUUUUUUUUUUUAAUUAAUCAUAACAAUUCUGAAUUUAAACUGAAAUAAAUAUUAGAGGAAAUUAAAUUUAUAAUGAUUAAUAAGAAAUUUAUAUUUCAUUUUUGUGUCUUCAUAUAUACAUGAUUAAACUUAAAAUUACUGUAUAUUGUAAAACAAUUUUUAUUAUGAAGGUUUAGGAAUAUAAUUUUUAUAUUUUUUCUGUACAAUUUCUUUAUGUCUUUCAAAUGUUCUUUGAAGCUUUUAAAAUUGUUAUAUUUGUAAUUCUUAUUAUUUCAUUUUUAUUAUCAAUGAUUUUUGUUAUUAAUAACAAAUUUAAGACAAUUAUAACAAUUUUAAAAUUUCAAAACAUUGAUGAAAUUAUUAUUAAUUAUAUUUUUAACUUUUUAAUACUUUUCUAUAAUCAUAAAAAAAAAUAGAAAAUGUUAUAUUAUACAAUAACUAAAAAAUAAUUCUUUAUUACAUGAGAAAGUGAUAUUAAAUUUCUCGUACAUAUUUCUACUAGAUUAUUAUAAAACUUCAUUAUUAAGUACUUUACAUAUACAAUGUGAAGGAAUAAAAGUAUAAUUGUUAUAUUGUGAUAUUUUAUAAUAUCUUUAGUUUUUAAGAUGUAUAAAUAUGAUAAGAUGUUAUACAAAUAAUAUUUUUAAGCUUUUAUCUAUUUGUAUUUAAUAAAUAAAGCAUUACAUUUUAUUAU